AUGGUAUACAAUUCGUUGACUGAGGCCCCUCGCAACCUCAAGGAGGGUAUUGACUGGUUGAUGGCCCUGAAGGGAACUUCUAAAUUUAACACGCAGGCUUUAGGUUUCGCAGUUCACAGAAUUCUCGCGGACACUUCCGUUGGGUUGUUGCGCGUGCCAGCUAUAGAGAAAGUUAAACGUGUUUCUAAAGAAUUCCUGGAGCAAAAAGAACUUAAAGGGCGGCCGUACGUAAAAAACCUACUGAGUAGAUUCAGGGAGCCUAUGAAUAAAACCGACGGCAUGGAAUUAAAGCGCAUGUUUUCCGUGGGCAGAAGUGAUUAUGUAAAUCUCGUAAAGUCCGAGGGUAUCAAACCUGAAGACAUCGCAAAGGAUCUAGGUCAAAUUCUGGAUGCUUGUGAGAAGUUCUUGGAUGAGAUAAAAAACCCUGACCAAUACGAGUCUGCUUACAGUCCAGAAGCGACGUGGGCUAAAUCCUGUUCGAAAAGCCCAGAAGCUUGCGCAGUGAUCUUCGUUGGGAUUGCGCCAAUGUUAGAAGCAGGCCUACGUUCUUUGCGGUGCGCGAGCAGAGAUGCAGCCAGUUUGUUGUCACAUUAUGAUAAGAAGAAGCAUUUGAAAAAAUUAAUGAAAGCCUUGGGUUACGGAGAGUCGGAAUGCCGCGCUAACAUGAGCGCUUCAUAUAUCUUCAAGGCGUCGGAAAAUGUUGGUUACAUAAUGUUGGGCAAGAUAUACGACCUCGCUGGUUUCUGGGCUUUCUAUUGA